GCUUGUUCUUUCGAAGAAACUACAUUUCCAUGACGGCAGUGGGAGGGUUGUUGGGUAACAAGGUGGGGCCUGUUUGAGGCAACAAGUCGUGUGGAGCAGAGGAGGCGCAGGCGAACACAGCUUCUCUCCAUCGGGUCACUUUCCAGCCGCAGGUGGUCCCCGCGCGUCCUGCGCCACCGCACUUUGUCAAUGGGAAUCUAACGUGUCCCAACUCCAGAGCUCACGCGCACAACACAGGGUCCACAUGGACGCAGUGGGAUCUCUUAUUUGAAACCACUUCUCGUUUUAUUUCUUUUUUUUUUGAGUUUUGCUCAAGGACGCGGGAAGUGAAGACUAACUUGGCAGAUUUGUUCAGUGGCACCGCGCGUCUCGUCGUGCGUAAUGCUCCGCGUGUAGAGACCGGAGCCUGUUCAUUUCUUUUUAUAGUUGAAUGUUGUUGCGGUGUUCAUAAUGCCACUCUCCAGAUUGGGCAAGCUUUUCCGUCUCCCCACCAUUGAGAUCAAGAAGAAGGUGAAGCAGUACGAGCACGUCCACCGGGACAUCAACCCCAACGACUUAUGGGAGAUUGUUGGAGAGCUGGGCGACGGCGCCUUUGGGAAGGUCUACAAGGCCAGGAACAAGGAGACCGGCGCUCUGGCCGCAGCCAAAGUGAUCGAGACAAAAUCCGAAGAAGAGCUGGAGGACUACAUCGUGGAGAUCGACAUCCUGGCUAGAUGUGACCACCGCUACAUCGUCAAGCUGCUCGACGCCUUUUUCCAUGACAACAAGCUGUGGAUCAUGAUCGAGUUCUGCCCCGGAGGUGCCGUGGAUGCCACAAUGCUCGAGCUGGAUCGUUGUCUGACGGAGCCGCAGAUUAAGGUGGUUUGCCGUCAGAUGUUGGAGGCUCUGGUUUAUCUGCACAGCAUCAAGAUCAUCCACAGAGACCUGAAGGCUGGAAACAUCCUCCUCAUGCUGGACGGGGACAUCAAGCUUGCUGAUUUUGGUGUGUCUGCAAAAAACACCAAAACCCUACAAAGGAGAGAUUCAUUCAUUGGAACACCGUACUGGAUGGCCCCAGAGGUGGUCAUGUGUGAGACCAUGAAGGACGCUCCGUACGACUACAAAGCGGAUAUCUGGUCCCUGGGAAUCACGCUGAUCGAGCUCGCCCAGAUCGAACCCCCCCACCACGAGCUCAACCCCAUGAGGGUGCUGCUGAAGAUCGCCAAGUCGGAGCCGCCCACCCUGGAGCAGCCGCACAAAUGGUCGCAGCAGUUUAAAGAUUUCCUGAAGAAAAGUUUGGAUAAAAACCCGGAGACUCGUCCGACCGCAACACAACUCCUGGAGCAUCCGUUUGUGAAAUCGGUGACGUCCAACCGUCCUCUGCGGGAACUGGUGGCCGAGGCCAAGGCCGAGGUCAUGGAGGAAAUAGAGGACAAUAGAGAGGAAGGAGAGGAGGACGACGCCAUGGAGCUCACAGUGUGUCCAGGUAAGGAGCCAUCUCAGACCAGUCAGACCAGUUUGGAAGGGGACCAGUCUACGGACACCCCGAGCCCCACCACGCCCUCCCCAACCACACCAAUGCCUUUACCCCGGAAGGGGGCUGAGCCAGACACACCGACACAGGAGCAGCCGGGCUCCGUCAUGAUGGUCCCUGUGCCCCUGCCGCGGCAAAAUCUCCCCCCAAAAGAUGCGGAGGAGCUGGGUGACAAACUGGGCGACGACGUCCUGCUUGAGUCCGAAAAAUCCGAGAGCGAGGCCUCGACCAAAACCUCCAGCUCGGACUCGGGCAUUGAGGAUGGAAAGAGUACCCCAACGUCAGAGGAGGAAAAGGUUGCUGUCGAGACCCCAGAGACGGAGCAGCCGCCAUCUCUCUCCGAAACCGAAGCCUCUGACGAGCAGGUCGACAUCAUCAUAGACUCACCAGACCCAGAGAAGCCCACAAUCCUGGUGACUGAGGAUAAGAGCGAUGUUCUUAUCGCCAACGGAGAAACAACCACAGAAACAACAGCACGGAGCCCGAGCCCCGUUGUCGCUCCUGCACCUUCUCCAGCACCUUCCUCUGCUCCCACGCCACUCCCUGUUUCCGGCUCCGGGCCAAACGACAGCCUCACCAACGAUACGCCAGAGCGGAUGUCGAUAGGAGGAAACGGUGAGCCCAUCUCGCCUUAUAUCAACGGAGGGAUCAUCAACAAACGGUUCUCUUACUCGGGCAGCCAGGGGUCCGAGAGCAUGGACUUGUCGAUCCACAAGGAGAACAUCUCAAUGUCUGCCAGGGACUAUUCGAGUAAGACUCUGAAGCGAACCAGGAGGUUUGUUAUUGACGGCGUGGAGGUGAGCGUUACCACCUCGAAGAUCAUCAGGGACGAUGAGAAGAAAGAUGAGGAGAUGAGAUUCCUGAGACGUCAGGAGCUGCGGGAGCUGCGGUUGCUGCAGAAGGAGGAGCACAGAGCUCAGUCGGUUCUAACCGGCAAACUGGAAACACAGAAAGAACAGAUGACGAGACGAUUUGACCAGGAGAUGAAUGCCAAGAAGAAGCACUAUGACCUGGAGCUGGAGAACCUGGAGAAGAAUCAGAAGCAGACCAUUGAGAAGAUGGAGGCCGACCACAGCGUCAAACUCAAAGACGAGACCAAACGCAUCAAAUCAGUGCAGGAGCGGGACUACGACAAGUUUCAGGAUUACAUCAGACACAAGAAGAAGGAGGUAAAACAGGCUGUUGAUAAGUUGCCCAGAAAUCAGCGUAAAGACUCCAUGAAACAGAAGAUGAACUCCUUCCAGGAAAUGAAGAUUAAAGAGGAGGAGAAAUUCUUGGCGCAGCAGAAGAACUACCUGGACACCACGCUGAAGAAAAUCAUCUCCAACAACAAGAGAGAGAUUGCAGAAACAGAGAGGGAUUGUCUCAACAAGAAGCAAAACCUAAUAAGAGAGCGCGAAGCUACGGUAUGGGACAUGGAGGAGAAGAAUCUCUACGAGAGACAUCAGCUGUUGAAGCAGCAGCUGAAAGAUAAAUACUUCCUCCAGAGGCACCAGCUGCUCAAGAAACAUGAAAAGGAGCAAGAGCAUAUGCAGUGCUACAAUCAGCGGAUGAUUGAGAUCCUGAAAGGUCGGCAGCAGCAGGAAAAGAGCCGGAUGCCCAAGAUCCAGCGCGGUGAAGCCAAGACCCGCAUGGCCAUGUUCAAGAAGAGCCUCCGCAUCAACUGGACAGGAAGCAGUUCGGAAGACAGAGAGAAGAUCAAACAGUUCUCUCAGCAGGAGGAGAAGCGGCAGAAGGCCGAGAGGCUGCAUCAGCAGCAGAAACACGAGAAUCAGAUGAGGGAGAGGAUCGGUCAGUGUGAAGGCAACAUCCGGGAGCUGAAGCAGCUGCAGAAUGAAAAAUGUCACCUGCUGGUGGAGAAUGAGACUCAGAGGCUCAAGUAUCUGGAUGAGCAACACAACCAGGUGAUGAAGGACUGGAGGGAUCAUCUGAAGCCCAGGAAGAAGGCCCUUGAAACAGACCUGACCAUGAAGAAAAAGGAGCAGGAGGCGUUCUUUAAGAUGAGCGAGAGUUCAGACUGUCCGAACCCCAGCUCUCCCAAUAAACUCUCCAAGUUUGUGCCUUACCAAGACUCUUCUACCACAUAGAAACAUCUGCUGUGAUACCACACACACACACACACACACACACACACACACACACACACACACACACACACACACACACACACACACACACACACACACACACACACACACACACACACACACACACACACACGCUCACACACAGGCCUUACAAUUGUCUGCUGCCUCAGUUUUAUUUAGCUUUGCCAGUAAUAGCAGCAUAGUUACCCCUCCAUCAGGUCCCUCAAUUGUUUUAGUUCAUAUUUAUGUUUUAACACAUUUUUCUUUGAAGACAUUGUAGCAUUGAAUUGACCUAAAAACCCACAACGUGCUUCAGAUUGAUUUUCCUUUACCACUCACCAGUAAAACAUCUGGAUUACACAAUACAGUGACUGCUGAUUCGGACGAGCUGAAGACACCAAAGUGAUUUUAAUUGGUCUUCAUCGUUUGGUUUGAUAGUAGUCUGUUGUCCUGAGGAGGGAAUUUACUUUAUGUUUGUUUCUAGAAAAGCUGGUGAGCCAGAAACUAAGCACUUUUUGUUCACCCCCAAAUGAUCGGUGUCGUCUUCCAGAAAUGACCAGAAAAACACCCAAAUGUUAAUUGGUUAAUGACCUUUUUGUGAAUUUCUCCAUGUCUUGGCCUAUUCAGCUGCGUGUCAGACAGAUGCAUGUCAUAUAGCUGCCAAAGUGCGCUUGUAUUUAUUUUUACUGAUUAAGAAAAAUCCAGAUUUAUCACUGUAAACUCUUCUUUUAAGCAAAACCCAUGGUAUGAAGGAUGUUCUAAUUUUUUAUAUUGUUUAAAUCAUGUAGGGAUGAGGCUGUAUCCUAAGUCCAAAAAUCUAUAAUUUCUUUUUAAAUGAUUAGUUAGGUAAGAGAUUUUAACAGACAAGGAAUGGCUUGCUUCUUAUUUUCAUAUAGUGUUGGAUGUGGUGACAGUUGUUAUUUUUCUGUUGUAUUCUUACUGUAAAAUCAGUCACACUGGAUGGGAACUGACGAAGCCAAAGUAAAAAUACUGUUAUAUUCUUUGAAGGAUGUUAAACGGGGGAUUUAAAGCUAAAUAAUAAAUAAAAAAAAAAGAGGUAUUAAGUGUGUAAUUGUUAUACCGUGUGCAGUAAAUGCACUUCCUGCUAACCAAAGUGCAAUAUUACAUGUAUGUCUUUGCUAACCUUUUAUAGGGGUUUUUUUUAGUUCUUCUUAAAUUUGCCUUCUUUUGCACUGAGAGGGAGAAUAAUGUGAAGAGUUUAAACCAAAAACAGAUGUAUCAGAGUCAUGCAAAGGAAAAAAACAACACUGCUUGAAAUUAUUGUAUCUUUUAUGGGGGUUUUUUUUGGGGGGGGGACUUAUAAAGCAGGGGUCUCAUUUUGAAGUGAUGAUCUGCGUUUGAUGAACGUGACUCUUCAUGUAUUUUUUUAAGGGAGUGCAACAAUGCAGGCUGCUGUAAGACGCCUCUCGAUGUUUCUUCAAUGUUUGCAGCUGACAAACUUGUUUCCUUAGGGAGAGAAAGUGAUUUUUAGAGCAGUUUGACCUGCGGGUUCACACCAGAUCAGGUCAGUAAUCAGGUACAGCUCAGUGUCGCUCUCUCUCUCUCUCUCUGGCUCCCUCUCGCACACUGUCUCUGAAGUAUUUAAAGAUGUUGUACAAAUUCUCCUUCCUGUCAUGUUUAAUGGCUCCAUCUAGGUCUUCCUCUCUGCCUCAGUUUACAUGACGUUGUUUGUAUGGAGGGGUCGUGAGUGUGAAUGAAACUGUAUCAGAAGGAACCACUGUUGUAAAUAACUAAAUAAAUGCAGAUUUUCUAAUUA